AUGAUAAUGGAAUCUGUGAGUCUUAAUGCCGUGUUCAAUUUGAUUUCGCGAAAUGCAAAAUGAUCUCUGAAGUCAGAGCUCUGACUCUUCAAAAUUGAGUGAUCUUUUCCUUUCUGUAACGGGUAUUUUGCAUUUCGCGGAAUCAAAUUGAACACGGGAUAAGUUUAAAAUCUGUGAUGAGCUUCUCAAAAGUACAAAUUAAGAAACGUUUAAAACCACGGAGCGAAAGGCAACAGGAGAGCGGAUUAAGUACGAAAAAGAAGAAGCAAAUUCGAGCAUCCAAGUCCAAGGUUGUCAAAUUCAGAGCGUAAAACAGACCCGUGUUCCAAUAUUCCGUUAAAAAAGUUUGAACCAAGACUUCAUCCAUUUUUCAUUUUUAUAAAUAUUAAAAAAGACAUUAGGAAGAGUAAUUCUACAAUAAGAAAUAGAGAAAAAUCGAGAAAUGAACCAAAAAAAAAGGUUUAAAAUCAUGCAAAAAUCAAUAAUAAAUUAAAAAUUUGAAAAGUUUUAUUUUCGUGUCGAGACUAUUAAAGUUUUCUCCGAUGUCGUAACUUGGAAUGUUGUAAUAUAAUAAUGUCCAUUUUAUAGAAUUGCGUUUUCAAAAAAAUUUCGUUUUAGUUGUUCAAAGUUAUUUCGCGAUAUACGCUAAACUCAUCCAGUAUUAUACGUACUAUGUCGCAGAAAAAAAAAAACCGCAUGCUGCAAAGCUGCGACUCGCAACCGUCUUGCGCUAAAUCUCUGAUCUAGAAAAAUCUAGAAAAAUCUUAUAGAGAGCUAUAGCGGUUUUUUUUUCAAUUCUAAAGUUUAUCAAAAAUAAGCAAUCAGGUAGCAAGAUUUUGAUGAAUCUUACGUGAAUUUUUUUUUCGAUCUGCUCCAUUCACAUGAGCUUGACGGCUGACAAAGUUCCGCCAAGUGAUUAAAUUUUCGGAAUUGAUUCGAAGAAAGGUUUCGAACGCUUUCCAUAUAGACCACCCGACUUCAAACCGUCUCGAGAUUUAACACAGUUUUCCAUUUCAGAAUGAUCUGCAAUCUGGGAGGAAAAAAAACACGACGGCGACGUCGUGCAAAAGCAUCAAGACGAAAAGCGUCAAGAAGAUGCGCAAGAAGAGAAGCAAGACAGACGCGGCGGCGCCGUUGUCUGGCGAUCAAAGCAAUCACAGCAGCAUUCAGUCCUCCUCGCGUCGUCAGCACGCUGUGUUCGUAAAAACGGUCUCAUUUCGUUCUCAUAAUUUCGUUUCCAGAGGUUCCCAUCAGGCGGCGCCGAUGGGAUCUCGUUUGAGCAACAUAUCGAACGGCUCGGCUCCGCCGCCAGCUUCAGCCGGGGCAAUGGCGGUCGUUUUGGACGGGAGCGCAUAUGAUCCGUUCAAGGCGCAACCCUCUAGGGGCUCGGCGGAAACAUCCUCCAGACACAAGAGAAACACGGCGAAAAACAGUCAUGUCAAGCAGCGAAAGCAGACUUUUGGGGAUCACGGUGAUUUUCUGACAGCGCUACAAAAUCUUUUUGAAAAUUUUUUCUUCCUAAAAAAAUCAAAUGUUUUCAAUUAGUUUACGAAAAGUUGUUCUUUGAAUCCGAGCGAAAAUUUCAAGUCGAAUUUUCCUUUUUUGCACCCGUUAAGAGUUACCAUACUCUGAAAACUGGACUUUUGAGUGACCUCAAUGCGUUUGGUCGUUUCGGCGGUUCCACAAAAAGAAGUUAUGAAUAAAAUGGUCGUCAAGGUCAAGGAGCGAAAGCAAAAGGAGCCGAAAAAACCAACUGUUACAGAAGUUUGCUUCGAUUUCAAGAAAAAACUUCUGAAAAUCCUUUUAUUCUCAUUCAGGCGGAUCCCAAAUCUUUGAUACUGUUGGAUAUGCCGCGUACGAACCGCUCAUUGAGAUUGAGUGUGACAAAAACAGUGAGAAAAAAAAUUUAUUUUGAAAUGAGGAAAAGUUUUUCUCAGGAUGACGCGAUGGAACAAAAAACGAGAGAUCCAAAGAGAGAAAAGCAGGCGAAUGAGAAAAUUAAGGCGUUGACGGUUUGUGAUCAAAAAUUUCAGAAGUUAUUCGCAGAAAAUUGAAACUUUUGGUCAUUCUUUCAGAUUAUUUGUUGUAUUUUAGUGGCUCUUUCUUUUUUUUUAUCUUUUUUGAUGGAUUUUUUUGUCAAAGGCCUCUACGGAGGAACGAGUGGCCGACGAGGACGGAUUUAUGCUGCAAAUUGUGCGAAAUAACGAAAACAAUGGCAUCCUGUUUCUGGAGCCUUUUUUCGAUCCUUUUUGGUCGAACCCCAUGGAGCCGAGUGAUGAGGAUUUGGUAUUUAUUUUUUUGAUAAUCUUGAGAAAAGCUUUUUUAAAAAUAAAAAGACAUUAUUGUGAAACUUUUCUUUUAUGGAACAGACCGGUAUCGAACCUACUUGAAUUAUGAUAAGAAAUAACGCUUGAUAAAAAGAUUUCGUGAUUUUUACUUUUCUGAAAACUUUUUUUAAUUUAUUAUUAAAGGAUUCUUAUCAAAUUGAGAACAAAAACAGGGUCGUCGCAAAAAAAAAAACUGAUUUUUCUGAAUUUUUCCCUAUUUCACUGGUUUCUUCUAGUUUUGACGUUCAAAUCUAUGUGUGCAUUAAAAUGUGCCUCAGAAAAGUUUUAGAGUUUGCGAAAAUUUGUUAGUGGUUCCAGUUUGCGAUAAAAAAAAAGGAAAAAGCCCUCAAGGUUUUGAUUGAAACUUCCGUAUACUCUAGCACAGAGGUGGAGAAAUGGCGCCCCUAAGCGUUUUCAAACGUUUACAUUUCUAAACCGACGUAGGCCGCCAUGGCCAUUUCUUAAUAAGUCGCUGCCCAGGGCGCCCGGGGCCAAAACCGCGAUGGCAAAAAACGCCAUUGGAAGAAAAAGAACGCGCAAAAAUUGAAAUCUUCUAAAAUCUUGUAAAAUCGUUGUUUUCGAAGCUUUAAAAAAAGGUUUUUUGAAUUUCCAAUUUGGUGGCGACGUAAAUUAAUUCUUUCACUAGUCAGCGGGUUCGUAAUCAUAAAUCUGGAGCAUUUCGCCUAAAGAAAAGAACAAAUAUAACCGUACUUCACAUAAAAAAUUCAACUGGACAUCGUAUCCACUGAAAAAAAUUAAAAAAAUUAUUGAAAAAAAUUGCGAAAUCUACGAUUUAAUGAAAAAAAUUAACAAAAAUGACCGUUUUCGCCCUACUUUUGAAACGUGGUAUUAUACGCCAUCGACACAUAAUGACGCGGCUCAUUUCUUCUCAAAGGCCUGAUGGCUGAGGCGGGCAUGUUGCGCCCGGGAGGGCCCCUCAUUUCUUCCACCUCUUCCACCUCUAGCAGGACUUUGAAAUUUUUCGGAAAAGCUGCACGCUUUUAAAAAUUUUAGAACUCACCUUUUCAUUAAAAUGCAUUAUUUCCUACUCAAAAAAAACAACAUUCCAGUUCAUUAAAAAAAAAGUAUGGGAACAUGUUCAUAGCCAUUUAGGUGAAAGCUUCUCGAAAAAUACGAGUUUUUAAAAACAUUUUGUCCCGUUUAAGGCCCGUGACGGCAUUGACGAAGGUCCCAGAAUCGAUUCUGAACUUUUGACCGAAGUUCUCACAGGCCGCGUGGGUCUAACCGCCAUGCCCAGUACUCCGUGAGCAUCGAGAAAGAAAUUCGGAAAAUAAAAAUCUAUUUUUCAGGAUAUUGUUGGAUCCCACUGCGCCAACGACUGAACUGUGCGCCCGGGACAACCUUUUCUUGGAAGAUAUUGUCUUCAGCAACACAAUCCGAAGCGUUGUCAAUACCAAUGAUGGUUUGAAAUAACACUUUCAACGAACCAAGGUCUCAGCUCACAGUGAAAAUUAGGCUCAUUAGUUAAGAUUUUCAUCGAAUUAUGCUCUUAAAAAUCACUGUGGAGGUUUGUAAAAUGUUGAAUUUUUGAACAGAAAGUCUAUAAAGUUAUGAAUUAUCAUCGUAGAUUUACUAAUCACCCAAAACUUCACAAAAUUAAGGAAAUGAACUCCCUUGGAAGCACUUCAGUGAGUGGAGAAGAUUUUGAAAACAAAUUCGAAACUUUAGGACAAGUUUUGAGUCCGAAUCCAUAGUGAGGGGAAAAAUUUUGGAAUUUUUUUUUCUAGCCCUCCUAGGAUGUCCUAAUGUGAACUGUGACCAUGUCUUUGUGAAAAAACACAAAAAACUUCCUUCCAGAGCUUCCUCAGAUAACCAAAGAAGUGAAAAGACGUCAAGACGACGAAAAUGCGCCGCCAUCCCUUGAAGCCUGCGCUCUAUUCGACAUUCCCGAAAAAGCAUAUGUCUACUCGGUGAAAAUAAUAACACUUGUCCGAAAUAUUAUUGUAUUUUUUCAGAGGAACGACCCGAUCGGGAGCUCCCGUUUGAGACAAUCUGUGAACCUCGCACCGAAGAACGCUUAA